AUGAAGACUCCACUCAGUUACUAAACUGCAAGAUAAAGCUUCCAAAAGCAACCAAAUCCCUAGGAAGGUUCACAUUUUAUGCAAUUGUCUAUGCAUUAGGACCUAGCUGCCCAACCAAUUAACAAUUCCUCUUUUGCAGACUCCAGUGGAUUAGCACUAGCAGUGGGCAAAUUAUUUAUCAGGAUUAAAGAGAAUCUUAAAGUCACUUCACUUCCCUCCCAUCUUCAUCAGUACUCGAGCAAAUAAUCUUUUUACAGAGACGAAAAACCAUGGCUGAAUUUGUAGGAGGAGCGAUUCUCUCGGCUUUUCUUCCAGUUCUUUUUGAGCGGAUGGCUUCUGAAGAAUUUCUACGCUUCUUCAAAAGCCGAAAUCUCAAUGACGGACUGCUAAACAAGUUGAAGACAACUUUGAAUUCUGUUGAUGGACUGCUUGCUGACGCAGAGGAGAAGCAGAUCACUCAGCCAGCAGUGAAAAUUUGGCUCCAUGAUCUCAAAGAUGCUGUCUACGACGCGGAUGACUUGUUGGAUGAGAUUGCUUAUAAAGCUCUACAAUCCAAGUUGGAACAUGCAUCUCAUAGACAGAUGGUAAAGAAAUUUCUCUCUUCUCAUAAUCCCUUCAAAAAGGAUAUGUUGGAGGAAAAGUUAGGAGAGAUCCUUGGGAGACUUAAGUUUCUAUUAGAACAAAAGGAUCCACUUGGUUUGGGAGAAAAAAUUGGAGAAAACCUGUCUCUGAGGAAAACACCAACCACUGCUCUGCCAGAUGAUGAUGAAUCCGGUGUUUAUGGUAGGGAUAACGACAAGGAAGCCAUUAUAAAGAUCCUGCUAUCCGAUUCUGAUACCAAUGGCUUGGAUGUGAUACCCAUUGUGGGUAUGGGUGGGAUCGGUAAGACCAUUCUUGCUCAACUUGUCUACAAUGACAGCAGAGUACAGCACUUUCAACCCAGAGCAUGGGUCUGCGUAACAGAAGAAUUCAAUGUUUUCAAUGUAACAAAAGGUAUUCUUAUGGAAGUCAAGCCAGGGUCUCAUGACGACAAGACUCCAAAUCAAAUUCAGCAAAAGCUGAAGGAAGAAUUGAGUGAGAAAAAAUUUUUGCUCGUCUUGGAUGAUCUUUGGAAUGAUGAGUAUGAUGAUUGGAAUAAUUUACGCAAACCAUUAAUGUAUGGAGCAAAAGGAAGUAAGAUCCUUGUUACAACUCGCAAUGAAAGCGUGGCAUCAGUCGUGGGUGCUGUUGAAACUUAUCAUUUAGAGAAAUUAACUACCGAGGAUUGCUGGUCCUUGUUUGAAAAGUAUGCAUUUCUCAAUGAUAAUUCCAGCGUGCAUCCUAAAUUAGAAGACAUUGGCAAGGAGAUAGUAAGCAAGUGUGAUGGCCUACCUUUAGCAGCAAAAACACUUGGUGGCCUGCUACGUGCUGAAAGAGAUGCUGAGAAAUGGGAGAAAAUAUGGAAGAGCAACAUAUGGGGAUUAUCAAAUGGCAGGAUUCUUCCGGCUCUAAGAUUGAGCUAUCAUUAUCUCCCUUCUCUUUUAAAGCAAUGCUUUGCUUGUUGUGCUAUAUUUCCUAAACAUUAUGAAUUUGACAAGGAAGACUUAGUUCUUCUAUGGAUGGCCGAGGGCUUUCUAGCCCAACCUGUAGGAGGCAAGGAUAUGAAAGAAGUUGGUAACGAUUGCUUUGAUGAUCUUGUGUCGAGGUCACUUUUCCAACGAUCUAAAGGUCGUGGAUCUUGCUUUGUUAUGCAUGAUCUCAUUAAUGACUUAGCUAAAUUUGUUUCUGGAGAAUUUUUCUUUCAGUUGGAGGAGGGCGAUAAUUCACUCAAAAUUGUUAGGAGGACUCGCCAUUUCUCCUAUGCUAAAUCAGAACCAGAUUUCUUUAAGAAAUUUCCAGGCAUUUGUGAAGCCAAACUUCUGCGCACUUUCAUAUAUAUGGAGCCAUAUACGGAGCAAUGGCAGAGCAGUUCAUACAUCAGAGACCAGGUAACACAUGAUUUAUUGCCGACGCUCAGCCGUCUACGAGUACUAUCUUUAUCUCGGCAUUGUAUAUUUAGGUUGCCUGAUUCAAUUAGAGAAUUGAAGCUAUUACAGUAUCUGAAUCUUUCUGGAACAUUAAUCAGAAGCCUGCCCGAAUCUAUAUGCAGUUCGUAUUUGUUGCAAAUUUUAAUCUUGCGUGAGUGUAAAAACUUAGUUGUGUUGCCGACUAACAUCGGAAGAUUAAUCAACUUGUCUCAUCUUGAUAUAAGAGGAACAAAACUGCAAGAGAUGCCACCAGAAAUGGGUAAGCUUAUAAAGCUUCAAAAGUUAACAGAUUUCUUUCUCAGAAAACAGAGUUGGUCUAGCAUUAAAGAACUGGGGAAGCUUCAAGCUCUUGCAGGAGAACUUUGUAUCUGGAAUCUCCAGGACAUUGAGGAAGCCAAAGAUGCCGUGGAGGCCAAUUUGAAGGGUAAGAAGAAACUUAAGAAGUUGAAGUUGACAUGGGAGAGGAACAUCCACGAUAGUAUUGAUUCAGAGCAUGACAGGUGUGUGCUGGAGUCGUUACAACCUCAAACACAAUUGGAACAUCUUUCAAUUCAUGGUUAUUGCGGUGCCAGCUUUCCAGAUUGGAUAGGACACUCUUCUUUUUCUCGUAUAGUGUCGUUGGAGUUGAGUGGAUGUGGAAUGACUUGCUCUUAUUUACCGCCACUUGGGCAGCUAGCGUCUUUAGAAUAUCUUACUAUCGUACACUUUGGAGUUGAGGUUGUCGGUCCUGAGUUCUAUGGAAGUUGCACAUCCAUGAAGAAGCCAUUUGGAUUGUUGAAAGUUCUAAGCUUUUCAUAUAUGGGAAGAUGGCGGGAGUGGAUUUCAUGUGAAGGAGCCUUUCCUGUCCUUGAAGAGCUUCAUGUAAGUAGUUGUGCCAACCUAAAGAAGGUUGCCCUGCCUGGUUAUCUUCCUUGUUUAACGACACUGGAUGUUGAUAGUUGUCAGCAGCUAGCAGUUGCACUUCUAAGGGCUCCAGCUAUACUUAGAGUGAGUACUGUAGGCGUGACAUUGGAGAAACUGCCUUCUGGGUUGUACAGUCUCAUAAGUUAUGGAUUGGAGCCAUUUGACUUUGUAAUGGAGAUAAUGGGAAGAAUUGGUCUUCUUCCUAAUGCUUUAGAAAAAGUUGUAAUCUAUGACUCUUAUUCACUAGAGAACUUUCCACUAACGUUGUUUAGUGAGGUGAAGACUCUGAAAGUAAGAGACUCUGGAAAUCUGGAUGAUUUUUUAACGCCCGGGACAAAUGGGGAUAUUACAUCUCUCGAUUCCUUGGAAAUUGAGAAAUGCCAAUAUUUAGUAUCUUUUCCGGAAGGAGGAUUGCCCGCCUCAAAUUUGACACGGCUUUCAUUAUGUGAUUGCCCAAAUUUGAAGUCACUACCUCAGAAUAUGCGCUCUCUUCUCCUUUCUCUUGUUGAUUUGAGGAUAAUGAGUUGUCCGGCACUUGAGUCGUUUCCUGAGGAUGGGCUACCCUCCUCCCUUUCUUCUUUAUCUAUCAGUUAUUGUGCAGAACUCGAGCCAUUUCCAAAAAGAUGUUUGCCGGACAAAUUAGAAUCGCUGCAUAUUCAGAGUUGCAACAAACUGGUCGCAGGCCGCAUGCAGUGGGAUCUACAAACCAUCCCCUCUCUUGUGAAACUUGUGAUUGAAAGAUGUAAAGAUGUGGAAUCUUUUGAGAUGUUACUGCCAUCCUCUCUUAUCUCUCUUGAAAUUAAUCAUCUUCAUAAUCUGAAAUGUUUAGACUUCAAGGGGCUUCAAAACCUCACUUCUCUUAGAGAAUUGAAGGUCUGCAGCUGCCGUGAGCUCCAGUAUAUGCCAAAAUCUUUGCAUUCCCUCGUCCCUUCUUUUACAAGUUUGGAAAUAAAUCAUUGUCCAAAGCUUGAGUUGUUUCUGGAAGGGUGUUUGCCCCCAAAAUUAGAAUCACUUGAAAUCUAUGCUUGCAGCAAACUCCUUGCUCACCUCAUGCAAUCGGAUUUGCAAGGACUGUCCUCUCUUUCACAGCUUACAAUUGCCGAGUAUGGUGCCAAAGAUAUGGAAUCCUUUCCUGGCAAGAUGCUGCUCCCUUCCACUCUCACUUCUCUUAAAAUCUACAGUCUUGAGAAUCUGAAGUUUUUGGACAAGGGCCUUCUACACCUCACAUCUCUUAAAGAAUUGCAGAUAACUCAUUGCUAUAAUCUCCAAUCCCUACCUGAAGAAGGGCUGCCUUCCUCCCUUUCUUCUCUCCUUAUCCAUGCUUGCCCUUUGUUAGAGCAAAAGUGUAGAUCGGGUGCGCAAUAUCGGUCAAUGAUUUCUCAAAUCCCUGACGUAUGAGUGAUACACCACUAGAUGAGUCUCUGGUUUAUCAUUCAUCCAAACUCUUAAAGUUUUGGAGCAUCAAAUCUUAGACAAAAGCAGAUUCAAAAAUCUAGAGCCUUGUAAUUGAUUCCACUCUGAAGUCUGAACCGAAAUUCCAGGUGAACUAUGAUGUGUAUUUGCGCGCACCCAGCAGAACUUGUUAUGUUGGAAAGUGUUUUUGGUGGACAAAAUCUGUGGUCAAAUGAACAGUCCUUAGGAGAAGCAACAUAUCGUAUUCUCAAUUAGACUACUAAUGCAGGAUACCAAAUCCAGGCAAAUAACAUUGAUAUCUUUCCACUAGCUGUCUGCCGCAAUCAAGAAGGUAAGAUGCAAAAACUGUUCAACCUUGAAUGAAGAAUUGGGAGCAAUUACCUUGUUCUGUUGCCAGAGGAUUUGAUGAGGUCUAUCAGUUUUGGAUAUGCAAGUUCAUUCUCAGUCUUGUAUCAAAAAAGAAGCAUUACAGAUUCCAAGCUUCAAUGAGAUAUGAAUAGAUUGCAAUGAAGUUCAUUGCUGCCUAGUAAUCGUCUUCAGUAAAACAAUUUCUGGAUGGAAGACUGAACAAAUACAAUUAUCAAUGUUACCAGUGUGAGUUAAGCUUUCAUUACUUUAGCCUUGAGCAUAUGCCAUUGCCAUGACGAGGAUUCACAAGCUUCUAUCUGCUAUAAGGUAUGUGUUGAUGGUGAUUGGAAACAAGGUAUUAAUAAGGGGCUUACAGUGCAAAUUUCUUCAAAUCCAAUUGAGAACUAACUCGUCAAAAACCUUGGGCAUGUGAAUUUGCAUUAUUAGCUGUAGUUUAUCAUCAUUAAUGUUAUAGCUGUUAAUCUUCAAUUCAGACAGCCGUCACAAGGUGUAGGUUUUUCAUAAUAGUAGCAUAGGGUAUUGUUGGCCAUGCAUAGCAACAAUGAUCAGUGAACUUUCUAAGAUAACUGGGGACAAUGUAUAGUUCUUGUAAGAAAAUCCCGAGUUGAAUUUAACUUGGAUGCCAUAUUGAAGUCACUAUUAAUAAUAUCAUAUGAGAUGUUUCCCCAA